AUGCGCUGCCUGGCUCUGCUCGCGACCCUCAGCUCCCUCACUGCCGUGCUGUGCCGGAACCAGGAGGAGAAGCUGCUCAAUGACCUGAUGGCCAACUACAACCGCAACCUGCGCCCGGCCCAAUGGGAGGGCGACAUCAUUAAUGUCACGCUGAAGCUGACCCUCACCAACCUCAUCUCCCUGAACGAGCGGGAAGAGACCCUCACCACCAACAUCUGGAUUGAGAUGAAGUGGUGCGAUUAUCGGCUGCAGUGGGAUCCUGACGAAUAUGACAACAUCCAGAUACUGAGGGUGCCCUCCACCGAGGUGUGGCUGCCGGACAUCGUCCUGGAGAACAACAUCGACGGGGUGUUUGAGAUCACCCUGUACUGCAACACGCUGCUGGAUUCCAAUGGCUGCCUCCUGUGGAUGCCGCCCGCCAUCUACCGCACCUCCUGCGCCAUCUUCGUCACCUACUUCCCCUUCGACUGGCAGAACUGCUCCAUGGUGUUUCAGUCCCAGACCUACAGCGCCAAUGAAAUUAACCUGCUGCUGAUGGUGGAAGAUGGGCAGACCAUUGAGUGGAUCGUCAUCGACCCCGAAGCUUUCACAGAGAACGGGGAGUGGGCAAUCAAGCACCGGCCGGCCAAGAAGAUCGUGAACGCUGAGCGCUUCACCCCGGAUGACUUGGGUUACCAGCAGGUCGUCUUCUACCUGAUCAUCCAGAGGAAACCGCUCUUCUAUGUCAUCAACAUCAUUGUGCCCUGCGUGCUCAUCUCCUCCGUGGCUGUGCUGGUGUAUUUCCUGCCUGCCAAAGCGGGCGGCCAGAAAUGCACAGUCUCCAUAAACGUCCUCCUGGCCCAGACCGUCUUCCUCUUCCUGAUCGCACAGAAGGUGCCCGAGACUUCCGAUGCUAUGCCUCUCAUUGGCAAGUACCUGACCUUUCUCCUGGUGGUGACGGUGGUGAUCGUGGCAAAUGCCGUCAUUGUGCUGAACAUCUCGCUGAGGACCCCCAAUACGCACUCCAUGUCGCAGAAAGUGCGGCAGAUCUGCCUGCAGCGGCUGCCCCACUUCCUGGGGAUGCACAUGCGCCGCAGCGACAUGGCCCCCCGUCCGCUGAUGGCCCGGCGCCGCAGCUCCCUGGGGCUGAUGGUGAAGGCUGACGAGUACAUGCUGUGGAAGGCCCGGACGGAGCUGAUCUUUGAGAAGCAGAAGGAGAGAGCCGGGCUGAUGAAGGCUGUCCUGGAAAAGAUCGGGAAAGGCCUGGAAAACGGGUGCUCCCAGGAUCUCUGUCACAGCUUGGUGCAGGCUGGUCCCGAGAUCCGGGCCUGCGUGGACGCCUGCAACCACAUUGCCAAGACGCUGCAGGAGCAGAACGACUUUGACAACGAGAACGAGGAGUGGAUCCUGGUGGGGAGAGUCAUCGACCGCGUCUGCUUCUUGGUCAUGGCCUCGCUCUUCGUCCUGGGGACGGUCAGCAUCUUCCUGAUGGCCCAUUUCAACCAGGCGCCAGCCGCGCCCUUUCCCGGGGACCCCAAGCACUACUUGCCGUAGCGCCUCGCUUGGGGUGGGCGAGCCCAGGAUGUCUGCACGAGAGCCUCGCCCCACAGCUCUGCCACGGGAGGCUGAGCCCUCCCUGCACGGCGGCGGGGGGAACCCUGGGCUCCAUGAACCAAGGCACCGGGUCCCAGGCGGGGCUCACAGAGCUGCUGCAGGGUGGAGCCUGCGGCUGCACCCGCCCGCUGGACCCUUCAGCUGGGGCUGCUCGUGGGAGCCGCAGAUGGAGACGACCCGGACCGCCGGGAGAGAUGGCAGCGAAACUGGAGAGUCCGGAGCCUGCCACGCCCGCGCUGCAGCCCUCUUGCUUGCCUCAUUUACAUGGAAAGGGCAAGUGAGCUGAAGGGCGCUGGCUGAAUCUGGGCUCCCCCAAACACUGCAGCUGGCAGCUCUGGCACCCCAGGGGACAAGGAGCCUGUCUGUCCCCGUGGGUAGCUACGUGGCGACGGCCCAGCGAGGGGAGUGGGGCAGGUUCGCGUGGGUUUGGCGGGAGAUCUCGGGCAGCCGCGUGUGUUUCAUAUGAGCCAGGCGUGGGAGUAAACACCACUGCGUUUC